UUCGCCGCCAGCAUCCCCAAGAAAACAUUAGGGUUACAUAAGCUGCAAUUUCCGGGAAUCGUGAGAAGCAACCAGGAAUCAUUGAAUGCUGUCGCGUUCCACUCUCAAAAGCGAAGCUUAAGCAUCCUCUAAAUUUCGCCUCUAUUCGUUGGCACUUCCUGAAAUUUCCGAAUAAAAAUGAAAUGACACAGGAGUUGCAUCGCCGUGCUGACGACACCGAUGGGCGAGUUCGCCGAGGUGAAGGCCGCACUGCGCGCGGCCGGUGUAACGUGGCCUCACCGACCUCCUCCGAUUAGACAACGAGACCUGCUGCGCAUGAUGUUACACUGCGACUACGCGCUGGGAUGGAGCGCGGUGUUCCGUGUCGACCCUGAGGUGUACCAGAACUCGACUAAGGCGUACGUGGUCACCGACUCGGGCUUCAACUUCAUCGUGCGCAAGUACCACGAGCGGAACUCGGAGGCGCACCGCCAGCACUACUUCACCCGUCUCCGGAACGCGUUUCGGGACAUGGAUACAGAAGCAGACUCAGAUGUCAUCACUUUCGAGGAGACGCAGCGGCUGGAGGAAAAUAUGUUCGGUCCGCUGAUAGCAGCCUUCCAUAAGAACGCGCCGAACGUUUCGGUGGUGCCUGCUGACGUGGUGUACAACGCAUCGGCCAACCUGUCGCUGGACCGGUGGACGGAGGCGUUAGAGAGUGAAGGCGUCGAACUGGUGGGGCUACUGGAGUUCCGCACAUGGAACCUGCCCUUCUUCGGCACUUUCGUCGACCUGUUGGCGAAACACGGAGAGCUGGACAUGUACGCCUACGUAUCCUGGUGCACAGUGCAGGUGCGAUGAUGGCCGCCAAGCAACGCGUCAUUCUCACGCUGGCUCUCACGCUCCAGACGGACGAAUGAGACAGUAAAGAGUCGAUUAAUUUGGCGUAGGUGAAGCGUACUAGCGCUGUCGUGUAUGCCGCAAUAGCGGGAGACGUGUGCACGCAAGCGCUCCUUCAUAGCUUUCAAGCACGUUAAUAUUGCGAUGGUAGCGAGAAGGCAGUGAAGAGAAGAGGGCAAUUAAACAAGUGUUCGGUAGAAUGAGCCCGACCUCACCGAUAUCUGACGACCUGUUUUCCUGGUACAAUAGUAAUUGUUGCAGCUUGCAUCCAUUUUAGAAGAGCACCAAUUUCAGCUACUCCUUGCAAUAUCGAGUGGCACUGUACAUGUCCCCAAUGUCUUAACAUCGCCUCUUCAUGUCCUUAAAGUA